AUGCAGACCAACGAGAAGGUUGAAAUUAUCCGCCUCGCGACGGGGCCGCAGGAGCCCAUCAACGAGUACAGGCGGUUUGCGACCCUGGUGCUGGGCUCCUUCGGCUGCAUCGUGUGCUCCUUCAGCUAUGCGUGGAAUCUCAUCUCCGGCACGAUGCAGCAGCGGUACGACCUCACGCAACGCGACCUGAGCACGGUCGUGACCGUGGGACUCGUGGUGCAGUACUGCGUUCUGCCCUACGCCUUCCUGUACGACUACUUGGGCCCCCUCCCUAUUAGCAUCCUCAGCACCGUGUACUUCGCCCUCGGCACGCUGCUGCUUGCGCUGUGCUUCAUGGACAAGGUCGAGGGCAGCGUGGUGCGUCUCUGUGUGUUCAACGCGAUGAUGGCGACUGGGUGCGCCCUUCUUGAUCUUACCUCGUGCAUCACCGUCCUGUCUCACUUUCCGACGAACCGCGGCCCCGUAACGGCGCUGCUGAAGACGUUCACCGGUCUUGGCUCCGCGAUUGUCGCGUGUCUCUACACCGGCUACUUCGACUCCAACGCAGAGAAGCAUUUCUUCUUCCUGUUUUCGAUGGGCCUUGUUGUCGGCAUUUUGUGCAUUGCGUUCAUACGCCUGCCCCCCUACCACCUGACGCAGUACGAGGAGCGGAGGCUGCCUGAUGAGGUGAAGGAGCGCCGCCUGGCGACGAAGGCACAGUACCUGCGUCAGGAGGCACCGCUGCGCCGCUUCGUGCUGGGGUUCAUCAUCCUGGUUGUGCUCAUCAUCUUCGUGCCGACGCAGAGUGCGCUGGUGAGCUACCUAAAGCUGGGUAAAGCGCCGAAGGUCGCGUUUGCGAUAGUGACGACCGUUUUGACGCUUCUCUACUUACUGGUCGCGGCCCCUCUGCCGUUCCUGAACAGCAGCCACAUCCCGAUCUUCAACCGGGCGUACUCGAAGCGUGACGCGCGCGGCGAUGCCGACAGCAGGGACUCCACCGAGCCGCUGGGACUUGAGGAGGCGCAGAUACGCAAGUACCACGCGCCGGGUGAGGGGCAGCAGCGCGGCAACAACGCGAAGGGUCUGCCCUACGACGCGGCUGCCGUUGCGGAGACACUGGAUGAUGAGCGCGGUGCAGUGGCCUCGGCGGAGCUGGAGACGGAGAUUGACUACCUUGCGCCGCAGUAUCAGGGAAGCUUCAUCCACAACCUGACGACGCUGGAAAUCUGGGCUCUGUGGUGGACUAUGUUCACCGUGGUUGGCGCCGAGUUUGUGAUCAUUUUCAACGCGCGCUUCAUCUUGGUCGCCCUUCAGAGCGCGCCGGUGAGCGAGUCGCUGUCUACCAUGCUCACAGUGCUGAACGGCGUGGGCAGCGCUGUGGGCCGCCUGAUGAUGUCUUUCUUCGAGGUGUGGUCUCAGAAGCGCAAGGCGGAGGACCGCGUGCCGAUCACGAUUGCGCUGUUCGUCCCCACAAGCUCUAUCAUCAUCAGUAUUAUGCUAUUCCUCGUGCUGCCGGCUGCCGCGCUCCCGCUGCCGUACAUUGUCGCUGCCCUUGGCAACGGGUUCCUCGCUGGUGUGGCGAUUUUGGUGACGCGCACGAUCUUCGCAAAGGACCCUGCGAAGCACUACCACUUCUGCUUCACUGCGUCGAUGCUAGCGUCACUGGUGUUCAACCGUUUCCUGUACGGCGAGUGGUACACGGUGCAGGCCGAUAAGCAGGCGCGCGCGGAUAAGAUGUGCUACGGCAAGAAGUGCGUAAUGAUGCCGAUGCUGGUGCUGCUCGGUCUUGCGUGCAGUGCCUUCAUCACUGACGUGGUUCUGCACUUGCGCUACCGCUCGUACUGCCAGAAGGCGCUGUCAGAGCGCGCGCGUCUGCGUGAGGAGGCGGCGGCCUCCCGAAAGGUUGAGGGGUUUGAGAACGCGGCGGACGACGGUUCGAGCCCCCACUCUGCCGCCAGGGAGGAGCAAAGGAGGCGCGCGUAG